UUUCUCUUUGAGAACACGAGUGCCAUUUUAAAGCUUAUUGGAUGAAAGUCUCAUUUACCCUUGGCUGCCAAAGAUGACGCUGCCAUGGAAACUGCUUCUAUUGCUAUCAAUCAUCGACCGUCUGACAGAUUGUCUGGACAGUGCAUCAUAUCACGGUCCACGGUGGAGGAUGGAGCCAGCCGACCUGUUCAUCCCCAUCGACUCCAUAGAAGAAGAAGCCACCCUGACUUGUGAUGCUAAAGGCACCCCUCCUCCUCAGUACAGAUGGUCACUAAAUGGGACUUUCAUAAAUCUGGGCCUGGAUCGUCGGCGGCGCCUGUCUGGGGGCAACCUCAUUAUAGGCAAUCUGGACCGCUACCAGGACGUAGGGAUGUAUCAGUGUAUGGCUUACAACACUGUAGGAGCCAUACUCAGCAGGAGAGCGCGUCUACAGUUUGCCUACUUAGAUCAUUUCAAAGUUCACACCAGAAGCGCUGUGUCAGUCCGAGAGGGACAAGGAGUGGUGUUACUGUGUGGGACACCAACUUCAUUUGGAGAUCUUACGUAUGCGUGGGUCUUCAAUGAGUAUCCAUAUUUUGUUCAGCAAGACAAUAGGCGGUUUGUCUCCCAGCAGACAGGAAACCUUUACAUAGCUAAGGUGGAGCCCUCUGAUGUGGGGAACUACACUUGUGUGGUGAUGAACAGUAUCACAAAAGGCAAAGUUCAGAGCUCACCUACGUCUCUGAUCCUCAGGACAGAUGGAGUGAUGGGUGAAUACGAGCCAAAAAUAGAAGUUAAUUUUCCAGACAAUGUACCUUCUUCGAAAGGAUCAACAGUUACUCUGGAGUGCUUCGCCCUUGGGAACCCCGUCCCAGAAAUCACCUGGAGGAGGGCUAACGGAGUCCCGUUCCCCAGCAAGGUCAAAAUGAAGUACUCAAAUGCAGUGCUGGAGAUCCCCAGCUUCCAACAGGAUGAUACGGGAGGGUAUGAGUGCGUGGCCGAGAACAAGAUGGGCAGGAACACGGCUGCUGGUCGACUGGCUUUUUAUGCCAAGCCUCAGUGGAUCCAGACCAUGAAAGACACUGCCAUGGCCAUAGAGGAGAGGUUACACUGGGAGUGCCGCGCCAACGGCAAGCCCAAACCCUCCUACGCUUGGCUGAAGAAUGGCCAGCAGCUCCAAUCAGAGGACAGGAUCCAUGUGGAGGAUGGGGUCCUGAAGGUGUUGCCGCUCACGCUAUCUGAUGCUGGCAUGUACCAGUGUGUGGCUGAGAACAAACAUGGCGUCAUAUAUUUUGCGGCUGAACUAAUGGUUUUAGCUUCUCCUCCAGACUUCACAGGGAAUGUCCUCAGAGCUUUGCUCAAAGCCAAAGCAGGAACAACGGUGACUUUGGACUGCAAGCCCCAGGCCUAUCCCACAGCAAGCAUUUUAUGGAAGAAAGCCAAUCUCCCUAUUCACACCGACGACAGGAUCACACUUUCUCCAGAUGGAAUUCUGAGGCUUGCAAAUGUGAGCAAGUCGGACGCAGGCAGCUACACGUGCUUCGCCAGGAACAGAUUUGGCAUGUCUAGCACAACUGGAAGGCUCCUGGUUACAGAUCCAACCAGAAUCAUUCAGGGACCAGUGGACAUGGAGAUCAUUGUAGGGGAGAGCAUUGUGUUACCCUGCCAGGUAGCCAGUGAUCCUGUCCUGGAUGUUUCCUUCUCCUGGGCAUUUAAUGGACAGCUGAUAACCAAGGGAGAUGGCCACUUUGAACUCGUAGGCGGUAGAACCGCCGGAGAUCUGAUGAUCAGGAACAUUCAGCUUUUCCAUGCUGGCAAAUAUAUCUGCGUAGUGGACACGGAUGUGGAGAGUCUGUCAGCCGUAGCUGUAUUGAUUGUAAAAGGUCCACCCAGCCCCCCGGACUCAGUGACGGUGGAGGAGGUGACAGACAGCACGGCCCAGCUGGCGUGGAGCCCCGGCAGAGACAACGGCAGCCCCAUAACCAACUACAUCAUUCAGACAAAAACUCCAUUCACUGUGGGCUGGCAGAGGGUCAAUACAGUUCCAGAGGUAAUUGAUGGUAACACCCUCACAGCUACUGUGGUUGACCUGAAUGCCUGGGUCGAGUACGAGUUCCGGGUAUUGGCCAAAAACGGUGUUGGAGUCGGGGAACCCAGUCCCGUGUUGGUGAAGACCAGAACAGAGGACGCAGUUCCUGAUGCAGCCCCUAGUGAUGUGGGUGGAGGGGGUGGAAGCAGAUAUGAACUGGUGAUCACAUGGGAGCCUGUCCCUGAAGAACUGCAGAAUGGCGAGAGCUUUGGCUACAUCAUUGCUUUCCGUGCCUUCGGAGAAGUCAGCUGGACUCACGUGGCCACCUCGGCCCCCGGCGCAUCUCGCUAUGUGUACCGUAACGACAGCCUUGCGCCCUUUUCUCCAUUUCACGUGAAGGUGGGCACUUACAACAGUAAAGGACAGGGCCCCUUCAGCCCCGUGGUCACCAUCUACUCUGCAGAGACAGAGCCAAGCGGUAUGCCAGCAGGGGUUUGGGCUCGUAGUGCCACAGCCUCUGAGAUUGAAGUGAAUUGGCAGGCUCUCACCAUCACCCCUGAAAGGGUUCUGGGCUAUGAGGUGGUUUACUGGGAGGAUGACACCAAACCAGAGACGAUGGGGAAGGUUAGAGUGCCUUGGAACCAGACAUCUGUUACAGUAAACAACUUGGCAGGAAACACACAGUAUUUUUUAACAGUUAGCGCCUUCAACACAGCAGGCACUGGCCCAUUCCUACCUGCAAUCAAUGUGACCACAAAAAAGCCACCGCCUGCUCAACCACCGCUGAAUAUAGAGUGGACCCUAAUUGGUUCUCAGCUGUCCCUUUACUGGGAGCCUGUGGUAGCAAUGGAAUCAGAGUCAGAAGUUACAGGAUAUCAGCUUUCAUUCUGGAGACAGAGACACAAAGAGGUAAACACCUUCACAACGGCUAAUUCGACAGCAGACCUGACCCUCCCUGAGAACAACGACGACUACAUCAUUCACAUUCAGACGCUGAGUGAGGGAGGACUGGGUCCAGCCUCAGAUCCCAUACGGAUCCACAGACUGAGUAUGAGCGCCCGUGGCUCCAAAGCCCUGAGUGUCGACACGUCCCCGCUCUCCUUGUUCUUCACCAUUGCAAUAUCUACAUUCAGGUCAAUGUUGUGACAAGACCUCUCUCUGCUUUGUUUUCCAACAUUUUUCUAUUGUUUGAAAAAGUAACCAUGCUUUUUUUCUUGACUCUUGUUUGAAGAUGACAGUUUUAUUGUGUUCUAUAGAAAGUAUGAGGCAGUGCAAUAUUUGAGCGUGCUGUCAGACAAAAUUAAAUAACAUUAUUUGCUUGCCUUUAAUAUUUUUUGUACGUGGGUCUGACAUUUUUACCAGUUGGGAACAAUACUCCAUUUCAGCUCUAUACUUUGA